UCUGCAUCUGCAGUCUUCAGUAAUGUGCAGUUUGAUGGCAGAUUUGUUAUAGUAGAGGACACACAGAGAGCUUCAGUCGUCUGUCAAGGACUUCAGACUUUCCAGCCAGCUGUUAGAAGAGGAACCGGCAGUGGGAGUCACGGGAGACGGCCACCAGCACUGAAUCCCAGGUAACAUGGCGUGCCUUCUCAGGACAGUAGCCACUAGCUGUACGAGUCCCUUGUUCAGCAGUGUUGUAUCUGUAAAAGUGCAAACAGUUAAGACACCUUCUUGGAGACUGUUUCGGACUCAUCAAGCUCUGUGGUGUCAGCAGCCUGUUAAAAGGGGUAUACCAUAUAAACAGCUAACUGUUGGUGUGCCAAAGGAGAUCUUCCAGAAUGAGAAAAGAGUGGCAGUGACGCCUGCUGGUGUACAGGCUUUGAUCAAGCAAGGCUUUAAUGUUGUAGUGGAGUCAGGUGCUGGGGAAGCAGCCAAGUUCUCUGAUGACCACUAUAGGGAUGUUGGUGCACUAAUCCAGGGUACCAAAGAAGUACUGGCUUCAGAUGUGGUUCUUAAAUUGAGAGCUCCUACUUUUAACCCAGCUCUGGGUGUGCAUGAGACAGACUUACUGAAAGAGUCAUCCACACUGGUGAGCUUCAUUUACCCCAUACAAAACCCAGACCUCAUGAAGCAGCUGUCUGAGAGGAAGGCUUCCGUGUUAGCGAUGGACCAGGUUCCGCGAAUCACCAUUGCACAGGGUUAUGAUGCUCUUAGCUCCAUGGCCAACAUUGCUGGUUACAAGGCUGUUGUUUUGGCAGCAAAUAAUUUUGGGCGUUUCUUUACUGGUCAGAUUACUGCUGCUGGCAAGGUUCCUCCUGCUAAGGUGCUUGUUAUUGGAGGUGGAGUGGCUGGUUUGGCAGCUGCUGGGGCUGCUAAAUCUAUGGGAGCUGUUGUCCGUGGAUUUGAUACCAGAGCUGCAGCUUUAGAACAGUUCAAGUCUAUUGGUGCUGAACCUUUGGAGGUGGAUUUUAAGGAAUCUGGUGAAGGAGUAGGAGGGUAUGCUAAAGAAAUGUCUAAGGAGUUUAUUGAAGCAGAAAUGAAGCUAUUUGCUAAACAGUGCCAAGAAGUGGAUAUUGUCAUCACUACUGCCCUCAUUCCAGGUAAGAGAUCUCCAAUCUUAAUAACUAAAGAAAUGAUCGAGAGUAUGAAGGAUGGCUCUGUUGUUGUGGAUCUAGCUUCUGAAGCUGGUGGAAACAUUGAAACUACAAAGCCAGGAGAGUUGUAUGUAUACAAGGGAGUGACUCACAUCGGCUAUACCGACUUGCCUAGUAGAAUGGCUACACAGGCUAGUACACUGUACUCUAAUAAUAUUACCAAGCUGAUAAAGGCAAUCAGCCCGGACAAGGAAAACUUCUAUUAUGAUGUGAAGGAUGAUUAUGACUAUGGUACGAUGGACCAUGUUGUGCGAGGAUCCUUUGUUGUGAAGGAUGGCAAGAUCAUAUUCCCUGCACCUCCUCCGAAGAAUAUUCCUGAAGCAGCUCCUGUGAAGCAGAAGACAGUAGCGGAACUGGAAGCUGAAAAGGCAGCAUCUUUUUCUCCAUUUAGGAAGACUAUGACAUCUGCCAGUGUUUAUGCUGGAGGUAUAUCUGCCCUUUUGGGUCUAGGUAUAGCAUCACCUAAUGCAGCGUUCUCGCAGAUGGUGACAACAUUUGGCCUUGCUGGAAUCGUUGGAUAUCAUACAGUAUGGGGGGUGACUCCAGCUCUGCAUUCACCUUUGAUGUCUGUGACUAAUGCUAUAUCUGGUCUUACCGCUGUUGGUGGGCUGGCGUUAAUGGGAGGUUCAUACUUUCCUACAACUACUGCAGAAGUACUUGCAACACUUUCUGCAUUCAUCUCUUCUAUUAACAUUGUUGGUGGUUUCCUGAUUACACAGAGAAUGCUGGACAUGUUCAAGCGUCCCACUGAUCCACCUGAAUACAAUUACCUCUAUCUCAUCCCAGGUGGUGUGUUUAUAGGAGGUUAUGCAGCUGCUCUUAACAGUGGAUAUUCUAUCGAACAAAUGAUGUACCUUGGUUCAGGCUUGUGUUGUGUUGGUGCCUUAGCUGGUCUGUCAACACAAGGAACUGCCCGUCUUGGUAAUGCUUUGGGCAUGAUUGGUGUUGCUGGAGGCAUAGCUGCUACCCUUGGUGGUCUGAAGCCCUCUCCAGAAUUGCUUACCCAGAUGUCUGCUGCAAUGGCUGUUGGUGGCAGCAUUGGAUUGACCAUUGCCAAGCGUAUCCAGAUAUCUGACUUACCUCAACUGGUUGCUGCUUUCCACAGUUUAGUAGGUCUGGCUGCAGUUCUGACUUGCGUUGCUGAGUACAUGAUUGAAUACCCACAUUUUGCAACUGACCCUGCUGCUAAUCUUACCAAGACUGUAGCUUACCUGGGUUCUUAUAUUGGUGGGGUUACGUUCAGUGGGUCCCUAGUUGCAUACGGAAAACUCCAAGGUAUGUUGAACUCUGCACCACUUCUUCUGCCAGGCCGACAUUACCUGAAUGCUGGUUUGCUAGCAGCCAGUCUUGGUGGAAUCGUUCCUUACAUGAUGGAUCCGAGCUACACUAUGGGUCUUACUUGUCUAGGUUCAGUGUCUGCACUUUCUGCUGUCAUGGGUGUAACUCUUACUGCUGCUAUUGGUGGUGCUGAUAUGCCAGUAGUUAUCACAGUAUUAAACAGCUACUCUGGAUGGGCUCUAUGUGCAGAGGGAUUCUUGCUGAACAAUAACCUGCUAACUAUUGUUGGGGCUUUGAUUGGCUCUUCUGGAGCUAUACUUUCGUACAUCAUGUGUGUGGCCAUGAACCGUUCCUUGAUGAAUGUAAUCCUUGGAGGCUAUGGCACAUCAUCUACUGCUGGUGGAAAACCCAUGGAAAUCACUGGUACUCACACCGAAGUUAAUGUGGAUCAGACAGUGGAGCUGAUCAAAGAGGCUAAUAACAUUAUUAUCACCCCAGGUUAUGGUUUAUGUGCAGCAAAAGCACAGUACCCCAUUGCAGAUCUAGUAAAGAUGCUAACUGAACAAGGCAAGAAAGUCAGGUUUGGAAUUCAUCCAGUUGCCGGGCGCAUGCCAGGUCAACUUAAUGUGCUUCUUGCAGAAGCUGGUGUACCCUAUGAUAUUGUGCUGGAAAUGGAUGAGAUAAAUGAAGAUUUCCCAGAAAUGGACCUGGUGCUGGUAAUUGGUGCAAAUGACACAGUUAACUCUGCAGCUCAAGAAGAUCCAAACUCCAUUAUUGCAGGCAUGCCAGUUCUGGAAGUCUGGAAGGCAAAACAGGUUAUUGUCAUGAAGAGAUCUUUGGGUGUUGGUUAUGCUGCUGUUGACAAUCCAAUAUUUUACAAACCUAACACUUCAAUGUUGCUGGGAGAUGCCAAGAAGACAUGUGAUGCACUUCAGUCCAGAAUCCGGGAAACUUUGCAAUAAUAAGCAUAACUGUUAUUUCAUUGCUGAUGCUGUGAAGAGAUUUCAGGGAAUUUUGUAGCCACAAAAACUGUGUAUGGUAGCCAAGUGAAGAUCUUCCAAAAUGAUUGUGAAUAGACUAAGUAAAGUGACAGAACAUUUUCAUUCCCUAAAAUUUUAAUACAUUGGUAUCUCUUCCUAUGAUUUCAUUGUAUCGUGAAAAAACAGUUUUACAAAGGACCGCACAACCCAUGGACUUUUCUUAAUGAAGAUUAAGGAAUAAUGCACACAAAUGUAUUUUAAUGUACUUGAAAGUACCGUUCCGACUGAUUAUGUAAACAGCUGCAUUUUUGAGUUGAAGUGGUACAUACGGUUUCUGGGACUGUGAAAUACCAUGCCCAUGAGAAUGCAAGCACCAUUUAUGUCAGUGUUUUUGAAGAUGCUUGUUUGAAUAUUUAUUUUUUCAGAACAUUUCCCUUGUUACCAUUUCAGCUAGACAUUUAUUUCCAAAUUUCAGAUGUAAAUUACAUCCCACUCAAGUUUUUGCAGUUUGGAUUUCUCAUCUGUUGUAAGUGUAAUUUAAAUGUUUUAUAGUUUUCACAAGACCGUAAUAAAAAUAACCGUGAUGUUCUGCAAAAAAAAAAAAAAAAGAAAAUAUUACAAGCAUCUUUUCUACUGUAAUUUGAAAGAUUUUGCUUUAAGCAUUGAUUUUUGUUUUUAAACAGAAAAUGUAGAAACUGUUUUGAGAAUACAGUGCAUAUUUUGACUACAAUGGA